UGGCAUUCCAACCGCCAGCCAUUUCGAACGAUUUUAGCCACAGAGACGAUCGAGAAUGCUAUCGGGAGUUGCACCCCGAAUUUGCGCCCAUUUUUCCAAUACUUCACUACCUUGCCUUACAUUAAUAUGUCCCAUGUUAUUAAGUCACUAACAAUUCAUGUCGCCUCCAUUCACGCUAUCGUUGGUAGCACAGAGUAUCCGUAUAUCUUCGACAUCCUUUAGAUACAUCUCCCGGCCGUUUACUCUUUUGGUUGUACCGUCAAUCAUCAUAUAUUAUUCGAAACACAUCAACUAUUGUUGUCCCGUCUUUGCCGAGAAAGAGACAAGGGGCAAACACCUACGUAUUCGGAAGCAGUACGGCAGACAAAAACAUAAUAACUUAUUUCCUCCUAUGAAUGAUAGAGGCCGAGGGAUGACCUGGCCAAGACGAUGAGGGUCAAAUUUAAACGAAACGGACGAGAAGCGGCGGUUCAAGUCCAACAAAAAUCGUUGAAGGCGAGUGAAAUAGUUGCUACCCAU